CGUAUUAAACUCUUAAUGUCGAUUCUAAUCCUGCUUGUCUUUUUCUUUUUUCCACAGGUGAACGAGAUCUAUCAUGACAAUUCUCUCGGUGCACGGAUAAACGUGGUGCUAGUGCGGAUUGUUUUAAUCGAUGCCAAAAAAUCCACGAGCCUCAUUGAGCUGGGCAAUCCUUCUCAGAGUCUGGAGAAUGUGUGUCGCUGGGCUUUCGAACAGCAGAGGAAAGACACUAAUGAUAAAGAAUACCACGAUCAUGCCAUCUUUCUCACGCGCCAAGAGUUCGGGCCCACAGGAAUGCAAGGUUACGCUCCAGUCACAGGCAUGUGUCAUCCUGUGCGGAGCUGCACUCUCAACCAUGAGGACGGUUUCUCUUCUGCGUUUGUGGUGGCGCACGAAACCGGCCAUGUGUUGGGAAUGGAGCAUGACGGGCAGGGGAACCGCUGUGGAGAUGAGGUGCAGAUGGGGAGCAUCAUGGCCCCGCUGGUGCAGGCUGCUUUCCACCGGUUCCACUGGUCCCGCUGCAGUCAACAGGAACUGGGCCGAUACCUGCACUCAUAUGAUUGUCUUCGGGAUGACCCGUUCGAGCACACAUGGGAGAAGCUUCCACAGCUGCCCGGAGAGGAUUACUCCAUGAACGAACAGUGUCGCUUUGACUUCGGAGCCGGAUACAUGAUGUGCACAGCGCUGCAAAAGGUGGGGCCGUCAGGAGCCCAGUAUCGGCCCUUCGAUCCCUGCAAGCAGCUUUGGUGUGCUCAUCCUGACAAUCCCUUCUUCUGUAAGACAAAGAAAGGGCCACCAAUCGACGGCACUGAAUGCGACAUUGGGAAGCACUGUUUUAAAGGGCACUGUGUUCAUCUGACUCCAGACAUCAUUAAGCGGGACGGGAGCUGGGGAACGUGGAGUGGGUUCGGCUCCUGCUCUCGGCCCUGUGGAAGGGGGAUUCAGUUUCGCAAACGAGCUUGUGACAAUCCACGUCCAGCAAACGGUGGACGUUUUUGCUCCGGCCCGAGCUAUCAGUUCCAGAUGUGUAACACAAAGGAGUGCGAGGACCCGAACUAUGACUACAGAGCCGAGCAAUGUAGAAAGAUGGACGACAAGUUUGAGUACCAGAAUACCUGGCACCACUGGCUGCCUUAUGAACACCCUGACCCUAAGCAACGCUGCAAACUAUACUGUCAAUCCAAAGAGAAGCGAGUUGUAGUGAACAUGCAGACCUUGGUUGAACCUGGGACGCGCUGCUCCUACAAAGACCCCUACAGUGUGUGUGUGUACGGCGACUGUGAGAAAGUGGGCUGUGAUAAUGUGGUUGGAUCAGCUCUACAGGAAGAUAAAUGUGGCAUUUGUGGAGGAAACGGAACCAAGUGCAAAACUCACAAAUUCGACUUCACCUAUGAAAAAAAAAGAGAUGUCUUUAAAGUGCUUGUAGUUCCCAGAGGAGCGAGACAUCUCUUCAUCCAGGAGCUCAACGGCACUGCUCACAUCUUAGCUGUCAAGAAUAAAGCAUCAGGUGAUUUCUUUCUCAAUUCGCAUGAAGAUUAUCCAGAGACGCGCUCAGUCAUCGAAAAAGGUCUAGAAUGGGAGUAUGAGAAUAAAAACAACAAGGACACCAUCCAAACCAACGGCCCGCUGAAGAACGAUGUGGUUAUAAUGAAUCACGGUGUUGAGAACCCUUUACGAUAA